GAGGGAGAGGAGGAGUGUAGAAAAGAGGUGGGCUUUUCUGUAGCAAUAAAAACCCUUAGUGUAGGUCUCAAGAGUACAGCUUAGGAGAAGCUGGUUACCCAUUCAGCCUGUGGCCAUCCAGAGACAUAUGCCUGGAUCACACUGCACAAAGGAUAUUCAGAAGAAUAUCAACGGUUCUACUUCUGCUGCACUGCCCUCCACUUCUCCUGCCACCACUCUCACUGAACUCUAUCCCCUGAUGGCGCACACUGACAGACAGUCUGAUCAUGACAAACCCCAAGUGGACAAAAAAGAGAAGGACCCUGAGCAAGCUACAGGACCCACAAACCUGCAGAAGGCCAGGGCUCGCUUCCUGAAGGGAGUCUCCUAUUUCUCUGGAGACAUGGAAGUGUUUGGAAAAUGGAUGCAAAAACAGUUUUUCUUGCUGCAGUUGCUGGACUGGGUUCUGCGUGGAGCUGCCCAGGUGAUGUUCGUCAACAACCCUCUAAGUGGCCUCAUCAUUUUUGCUGGUCUCAUCCUGCAGAACUACUGGUGGGCCCUAAACGGCUUUGUCGGCACACUCUUUGCCACCAUUUCUGCCCUCAUUCUGCAACAGAACAGGGGUGCAAUAGCUGCAGGGUUGUAUGGAUACAACGGCAUCUUGGUGGGCCUGCUGAUGGCUGUGUUCUCUAACGCAGGAGACUGGUACUGGUGGCUUCUGCUACCAAACAUCUUCAUGUCCAUGAUGUGCCCGAUUGUGUCCAGUGCCCUGGCAUCCAUUAACAGUCGCUGGGAUCUGCCAGUGUUCACGCUGCCCUUCAACAUCCUGGUGUGUCUCCACAUGGUGGCUACCGGCCACUACAACCACCAUUUCCCCCAAGUCCUCAUUCAACCUCGCUCGGAGCUGCCCAACAUCACAUGGGCUGAUAUUGAUGUAGCCAAGCUGUUCAUGUCAGUGCCUGUGGGGAUAGGCCAGGUCUAUGGCUGUGACAACCCUUGGACCGGAGGAAUCUUCAUCAUCUCGCUCUUCAUCUCCUCCCCUAUCACCUGCGCUCAUGCUGUCCUGGGAUCUGCAGUUGGCAUGGUUUCUGGCUUGGCUUUGGCUGCUCCAUUUGGAGACAUUUACUUUGGUCUAUGGGGAUACAACUGUGUGUUAGCCUGCAUCGCUAUCGGAGGAAUGUUUUAUGCUCUUACCUGGCAGGUGCACCUGCUUGCCAUCACAUGUGCUUUUUUCUGUGCAUACCUCGGCUCAGCCAUUGCCAACAUCAUGUCCAGCUUUGGUCUGCCAGCCUGCACUUGGCCUUUCUGUCUCUCUGCCCUCACUUUUCUCCUCAUCACCACGGGGACCAAAAGGAUCUUUAAGCUGCCGCUCGCAAAAGUCACAUACCCCGAGAAAAACCUGGGCUUCUUCUGGAAGUUGAAGAAGCAGGAGAAAAUGGAAAAGGCAGAGAAAGAGAGGAUAGAGAAGGAGGAGCAGCUUGAUGCCCUCAGAGAAGUGGUGAUACUGAGUGAGAAAGAACAACUGAGGUUGAAGCUUGAAAAAAUUGAAGAAGUCAGGCCAAUGAAUGAGGCAUCAGAGGCUGAAAAUGAUGAGACAAAAAUCAAAAACCAUGAACAACAGAGUACCAAAGAAGAAACCAGACAAAACACUCCAACUGAUGAUACUCUAGCAGAUUAUGUUUAA